AUGGACGCCGCCGACCCCCUCUGCGCCAUCUCCUCGACUGCGCGACUCCUUCCGCGGACCCUUGGCCCCGCCAUUGGGCCUUCCCCCUCGAACCCCCGCGACGCGCUCCUCGAGGCCAUCGCACUCGCCCGGUCUCUGAAAGGGUCUGAGGAGCUGGUUAAGCAGGCUACAAUGGUGCCGAAGGAGCACGGGGACAUCCAGGCUCUCUACCAUGAUGAUGGAGUGAAAGGCUGGCCUCCUGCAAAUGGCAGCAAAGAGCAACAGGGAAGAAGGCCAGCACUGGAUCGUAAACGGGCUCGGUUUGCUAUGAAGGACACUGGAAGCAAACCGGUGCCUGUUGUGGACCAAUCUAAGUUAUCAAAUAUUUCAGAUCCAAUCACAUUCUUCAUGACCUUGGAUCGGCUUGAAGAAGCCGAGGAGGAGAUCAAACGGCUAAAUGGAGAGGCAGAAAAACGCACAUUGAAUUUUGAUCCUGUAGAUGAACCCAUUAGACAGCCUGGUUUACGUGGGAGAAAAUCAGUCCGCAGUUUCAAGGUAAUUGAGGAUGUUGGUACUCAAGAUCCCAAUGAGGCACCGGCUUCCCAAACAGCAACUAUGACAGGAUCUCAGUUGUCACAGGAUGUUAUGCAUGCUGUUGCGGGCAAAAAUGGACGAUCUGUUUCCUCAAGAUCUAGUGAAGCUAUUUCAGAGAAAGAAGUUUCAUUAGCUGAGAAGGAUGGCCGUGACGAUUUGACUUAUAUACUGACCUCAAUCCAAGAUUUAGAUGAAUCUGAAGAGGAAGAGUUUAUCCGGAAGACCUUAGGGAUUAAAGAAACAAGGAAAGAAAGAGUUAGUCUUCGUAACUCCAUUCUUGGAGUUAGGUCCCUAAGAAGCAAUACUGAACAAAAAGGUUCAAUGAAGGUCCACCCUCCAGAAAGUCAUUUGCCUCAGACUCGCCAAGAUCGAAUUUCAGAGUUAGAGAAACAUUUGUUUCCUGGAGGUGCAGCAAAUGCUAAAUGCACAGAUGAUGAAUCUGAAGGGUCACCAGAUAUUGUGAUGGGUGAACCAUCAUUGGUGCAUUAUUCUUCUGAUGUUCUGAUGACUGAUGAGAACUUUACUGCAAGUGACGUUGACAGGGAGACCCCAAAUCUGGGUGCCAGAGCAGCAGACCCUGUUCUUGAUCCUGAACCAAACUUGCCUGAUCAUGCAUAUGAAAGGCAACCUGGAGGUUCCUCACUUGGUUUGUACAGAGACACAGAAGUUGGAGUUGCCAAAGAAAAUGAGACAUGUAACAGGAGCAAUAUAUCUGUGGAGGAAGAUGAUGUGCCAAUAGACUAUAUAACUAUUGGCAGGUCUACUAAUGAAACAGAAGUUUCUUCUUCUCAUCCUUUGGAGGGCAGCUCGACAGAAGAAUUGGUCACUAAACCAGGUAGACAUGCGGCUCCAGAUGGUAUCUGUAGGACUUCACAUGCAGCUGAGGAUAGCAUUCAACAUCUAGAAGCGGUCAAAGAGGGUGGUGUCCUACAAGAUAAGUCAAGCCAGUUGUUGGAGAUGCCUCAGGAAGAUAUUAAUCCACUGAAUCAGGCUCAGAUGCAUGGUGGAAGCACUAAGAAAUCGGCACCUGAUCUAUCCCCGACCAAACAGAAGAAGCAACAGGCAGUUCAAGAAAGGAAAAGGAAGCAACAGUCAAAGAGGGGCAAGAAAGUGGCUGGUGAAUCCCUGGAAAUACCCCAAACAAAUUUUGAAUCGGAGAAUCAACCUCAUAAUGACGAUGUCAACAUUGAGAAACAGACAAUUACGAGUAGCACACUCUCACCAAAUGGUGCCAAGGGGCAAAAGGGAGCUCAAAGGAGAAACCAGACCAAAAAAAGGAAUCAAAGAAAAAUCCUUGGAGAUGCUGACCUUGCAUGCCAGCCUGGAGUGAGAAAAAGCUCAAGAACACGCUCAAGGCCUUUGGAGUAUUGGCUUGGUGAAAGAUUACUAUAUGGGCCUAUACAUGACAAUUUGCAUGGAGCUAUUGGCAUCAAAGCAUACUCUCCUGGCCAAGAUGGCAAGAGAUCAUUGAAAGUGAAAUCUUUCGUGCCUGAACAGUAUUCAGAUCUUGUUGCUAAAUCUGCAAGGUACUGAAGCCAAGAUUUUCCAAAGAGGAUCACGCCUUGUGACCUGUUGCUUUGUCACCUCACUAUGGGAUGUUGACAUGUAUUGGUAGAACUGCAGUACUGCACAACGAAAUGCAUGUUAACUUAGGCAGGUAUCAAA